AUGGAGAAGCACAAAUCUCAUGAGAUCGUUGCCUCUCUUUAUAUGAGCAAAUUUAUUGUGGAUGCCAACCUUAAGUCUAAGGGAGGAAUCUCUAGUUUUCAUCUUCAAUUCCUAUUGGAGAGAGCUCAUGCCCAUGCUGAUACCCACAAUUGGAAUGCCUACAUUGCAACUCUGGCUCUUUGUAUUUAUGGGAUCGUUUUGUUUCCAAAUGAGGUAGAUUUCGUGGAUGUAAAUGCCAUCAGCAUCUUCUUAAUAAGGAAUCUUGUUCCUACCCUUCUUGGGGAUCUUUACCAUCCGUCACAUACCAGACAUUCAAAGAAGGGUGGUAUUAUACUCUAUUGUGCUCCCUUGCUCUAUAAAUGGUUCAUGAAUCACCUUCAUAAAAUGGGUGCUUUCGUGGAUACUAAGAUAUCUUUUAAGUGGUCUGAAAGAUUGAUGGGUCUUGCAACCAAAGACAUCGUCUGGUAUAGUAGAGAGUAUUAUGGCAUUGAAAUCAUCUUUAGUUGUGGAGACUUCCCAAAUAUGCCUCUAAUGGGGAUGAAAGGAGGGUUCAACUAUAAUCUUGUCAUAUCUCAGCGCCAAUUGGGGUAUGUUUUGAAAGACCAGCCUAAAGAUAAGGAAGUAGAGGAAUCCAUUUACUAUCAUGCAUCUAAAGGUGGUGAACCUAUGAAGAAAGAUAUCAAUGCUUGGAGCAAAAUUCAUUGGAAAGGAAAAUCUCAUGUAGGGAAGAAGGAUUAUGUGGCUUACCCUUUUAUGUUGAUUGGAUAG